AUAGUAAGCUAAAGUUUUUGUAUUGUUUUAACGUUUGCCAUGAUCUCCAAUAAUAUUUGUACUUAAAAAAGAUGUGCAGUAAAACAAUGCUUUUCUAACCAAUUUAGAUUGGUGGCAGAAACUUACUACAUAAACACAAAGCAUAAGUUUUAUUAUUAUUAUUAUUAUUAUUGUUAUUAUUAUUAUUGUUAAAUAUAUAUAUAUCAACCAACAUAUAAAUACUAAAUUGCAAUAAUUAUUUAAUUAUUUAUCUAUUGUGACAAAACUGUAAGAGGUGGACUUAUAGCGUUUUUAAAAAAUUAUAUUAAAUUCAUACCAAAGGAAUUUUGACAUAAAUGCUUUGCAUUUGUGUUUUUCACAUUCGAAUGUGACUAAAAGGGGGAAAAAACAGCUUGUAAAUGAAAAUGUUUUUUUUUUUGUGUGUGUGUGUGUGUGUGUGUGUGUGUGUGUGUGUGUGUGUGUGUGUGUGUGUGUUUGGAUUUGUCUUUGUAAUUUAAAUGAAACUUUAUUACAAUAAUAAUAAUUGAUUGUAAUGUUGAUGUUUAUCAUUUGUCCCAAAAAGGGAUUUUAUAAGUGAUCUAAGCAAUAGAUAGUAAACAAGCGGUAGAUUUAUGAAAAUUACAAACUCAAAGAUUUAGCUUAUAGCAUAACGUUUUAUCAAAAUUUUAUUAUCUGCCAUUUCAAAUUUGACAAUAAAAUACAUUCGUUAUAAAAAAGAAGUAAAUGCACGCAAAGAAAAAAAAAGAAAGAAAGAAAGAAAGAAAAAAGUCAUUGUGAUAGUUUCAGUUCCUUUAAGCCCACCCAAUCAACCCGAGUGUGUGUUAUCAUACACACAGUACCUCCUUUAGGCUCACAUCACACAACCAGUUUCUGGAGCAGAUUGCAGAAUGAUUCAUAAAAUUGCUCUGCUUUGUUUCCCCUGUACCAUAUUGCACUGCAUUUUAUGGCAAAUGUCCAUAGGCAUCUCAGUGAAACAGGGACAAAAUGUCACCCUCAUCUGCCCACUGAAGACCAAAGAGAACAUCGGGGUAAUGACCUGGUAUAAGCAGAACCCUGGCCAAGGUGUAAAACUGCUUCUGACCCACAACUUCAGUGCGCCGCCGUGUGUGCGCUACGCUAAAGGAUUUCACACGUACAGAUACGUGGUGUUACGCCGGAACAGGCCCAGAGUCCAUUAUCGGUUACGGAUCAUAAGUGCUGAGGAAAAUGACACAGCGACUUAUUACUGUGGAUAUUCAGAUAAACCAGAGGAGAAGAGAAACAUGCCUUAAGUACAGCUGAUAAAAAAGAGACUGUAUGUAAAUAUCUUGAUUUGCGAUUUUGUUAACCGUUAUUUCUUCAUAACCUUUAUUUUGACUUUAUUUUGACUUUUCAUUAGCCUCCUGUCAUUUUCUUUCUUCUUUUUAUGCAUAUUGUUAUAUAAACCUUAUUGCUUGUUAUAUAUGACAUUAUUGCUUUUAUUGAGUCAUGAUUAAUUAAUUGUAUUCAUGAAUAAACCUGUGCAAAACAAACCUUUUUUGUCAUUAAAAAGAUAAAAUAAAGA